UGGUUGAAACAGUCAACAGAUAUUUCGAUUAUUUCAGCUAUCUUCUAUUUAAAGCUGAUGGGUGUAUGGUUCGCAGUUAACCGUGCAGAGAAAUAUUUCAGAAAUUUUAUGGUGAUUUAUUCCAUAAUCUCACUGAUGUUGGUUGCAGCGUUUCAGUUCAGAGGUCUUUACGUUUGUUGGGAUGAUCCUACUAUAAGCACUUCGUUCGUGUGUAAUAUAGUGGGCUUAGCCCUAUGCUUCCUCAAGUUUUGUUCAGUGUUUAUUCAGAAAAGGAAGUUUCUUCAAUUGAUCGAGUUUAUGCAGACGAAUUUUUGGCAUUCGAAUUAUGGUAUUUACGAGGAACAACUUCUCGCUAAUGUGAAGAAAAUCUGCAUUUACUUUAUUUGUACGUUUUCAUCCUUAACGCAAUUUACGGUUGUCUGUUACAUUUUCAGACCUGCUGUACUUAAUAUUGGAAAGAAUGCAUCAGAUAGGACGCUUAUUUUUCCCAUGUGGUUAGAUGAAUCAUGGAAUGAGACGCCGUACUUUGAAAUAGAGUAUGUGAUACAGGCUUUCAGCUCAUUCCAGGCUGGCAUUAGUUUCCUUUGUUUCGACAAUAUCUUCUGCAUCAUGUGUCUGCACGCAGCUGGUCAAUUUCGCAUAUUACAGUACAGGAUGACCAAUAUUCACGAAGUGCAAAAUACACCUGAAGAUAGUAAAAAUGUAAAUAAAAACGUGUUGUAUUUAUCGGAGAUUUGUUUAGGCGCGUUUAGAGAUUGCAUUCGGCAACAUCAAGCCCUCAUUGAUUUCUGCAAAUUGGUCGAUGAAGUGUUCAGAGAGAUUAUGCUUAUGCAAGUGUUAAUUUUUAGCAUGUUAAUGUGUUUGACUGGAUAUCAAACAUUUUUGGAGACGUUGAAUCUUCCAAUGCGCAUUUCUUUCGCAUCUUUGUUAGUGACGAAUAUAUGUCAACUUUGGAUAUUCACAUACAGUUGCAGUAGCAUGACGCAUGCAAGCGUAAGUGUUAAUCCAGCAGCGUAUGCAUCCCCAUGGACGGAUCUGUCCAUGGAUAAAUUUGGAAAAAUGAUACGAAAAGAUGUGCAGUUUGUCAUUAUGAGGUCAUCACGAGCCUGUCACAUCAAUGCUUGGCGAUUUUUUCCUAUUUCCCUUGAAACAUUUACUAAGAUAAUGAGCACCGCAAUGUCCUAUUUCACGAUAUUGAGACAAAAUACAUUGGAUACAGCAAAUACAUAAUUUCGUAACCGAUAAUUGCUUGUAAAUGAAUAAAAUACUAUAU